GAAAGUUUUUUUUUCUCUUUUUCUUUUAUUUAUUUAUUUAUUCAUAUACAAUUCGUUUUAUAACUGAACAUGUCUUGGCAAGCUUAUGUAGAUAACAACCUUGUUGGUACUGGUCAUGUUUCUCAAGCUGCUAUUUAUGGUUUAAAUGGUGGUGAAUGGGCUAAAUCAGCUGGUUUCCAAGUUAAGCCUUCUGAAGUUCAAGAGAUUGUUACUGCUUUCUCUAACGCUGAGAAGGUUCGUGCUAAUGGUGUCCAUGUUAAUGGUAUCAAGUACCUCCUUUUGAGAGCUGAUGAACGUUCUAUUUAUGGCAAAAAGGGUUCUGAUGGUGUUUGUAUUGUAAAGACAAAUCAAGCUUUCUUGGUUGGUACUUAUAAAGAAGGUAUUCAACCUGGUAACUGCACCAAGAUUGUUGAAGGUUUAGCUGAUUAUUUGAUUUCCACUGGAUACGUGACAUGGUUGAAAAGUUACUUUUAG